CGUGUCCUGCCGGAAAACGACCCAACGUGGAAAGCAGGAGGAACAACAUUACAAGGAUACAGCUCCCAGUACUUCACCACUGCUGACCCAAUGAAGGUUGAUUCUUCAAAGAAGGUUGAAUUGCUGUUGAGGCUUGUAGCAAGGUAAAACGUCUUCUCUUUUAUCAUCAUCAUCAUCAUCAUCAUCAUCAUCAUCAUCAUCAUCAUCAUCAUCAUCAUCGUCAUCAUCAUCAUCGUCAUCAUCAUCUUCGUCAUCAUCAUCGUCAUCGUCAUCGUCAUCGUCGUCGUCGUCGUCAUCAUCAUCAUCAUCAUUGUUGAACAGUUAAUGAAUAAGGCUGAGUAUCUUAUGAAGAAUUACGGAGAUCGAGGAGGGUGUACAGCCUCGACGGAUAACACCCUCCGAGAUCUCCAUAAUUCUUCAUAUGAUAAGAAAGCCGAAUUCAAUAAUCGUUUUAUUAUUCAUUCAAAAUAAUUCCUAGUUUAAAAACAUAGCUAAAACAUGCUUACCUCCAUCGAACCAUCGAUGUUAAGUUCAUCUUCGAUAGUGUACCUUUAGGUUUGUCCAGCGCCGCAAAUAUUCUCCAAAUAGCAGAUGUCGCCCUCCGAGGUUGUCUUCUUGCUGUUUUUGUUAUGUUUUUAGCUAUUACUUCUCGUAGUUCCAACUGUAGUUCUUACUCUUGAAACGAGUGAAGUGUCGGCCAUUUUUGUUUUCACAACCAAAACAACUCAACCUCGUCCCCAGGUCUUCUCGGUUAACGGUUCAUUAACCCGUAGAAGGCUGCAUUUUUGACGUCAUUUCCUCGGUAAACACAAAAUUCUUCUAAAUUUGGUCAUCAGUAACUGGUUAUGGGGAAUUAUGCGUGUGCUUUUAGCCAAUCAGAAUUGGGGAAAUAUUUUGGAUGAAGAAUAAUAACCAUUAAACUUUAAGAAGAAUAAAUAAAUUUAAAUAGAACUGAUGAUUUGUUUGUCAUAUUUUUUGAAAUUCAUAAUUUUAAAAUGACUGAAUAGUUUCCAGUUCGGUCAUAUAUUAUGUAAUUGUAUUAGGGCAUGAAGUCCGUUUUUUUUUUUUUCAAUCCAUAGUAUGACCACAUACAAUAUCACUGACUACACGAAGUUUUCUAACCAUAUUUAUCAAAACUAUGUGGCGAAAUAGUUGUCCUGAUGAUGAUGAUCAUAAUAAUAAUAAUAAUAAUAAUAAUAAUAAUAAUAAUAAUAAUAAUAAUAAUAAUAAUUAUUAUUAUUAUUAUUAUUAUUAUUAUAGUAAUAACAUAAAAAAAUACACACAAAGUGAUAGUCUUAAGGUAUUGUUUGAUGACAGUCCCAGGAAUUAAAGAAGUCCAUCAUCCUUGAGACAGCAGUCAACAGCAACUGUUGGCGUCAGUGUCAUACAGUGUUUUAUUACACUGUUUAAUCAUGCUGAAAUGAGCUUAAUCAGAUCAGAGGACUGUCUGUUGUGUCUGUGGAGGAUGUAGGGUGUUGUUAUGGUUCGCCCUUGGAGUAUUGAUUGCAUUUAUGCGCUAGCGCACACCUCAUUGCCUUGUAUGUGUAGGGCAAGUUUCUGCCUGUCUGAAAUCUUCUUUUCCUUUCUUUUACAUGGUUAAAGCAGGAUAAAUCAACUCACAACUUACCAGCUAGAGGGAAACAGUUCAUUCUGUUUCUCGAGAAUCUCAAUGUUUCCCGAGGUGAAGCCGAAAGAAACGUAGAUUCUUGGGAAACAAAGGGCGGGACCAGUCUUGAAGUGAUUUGUUAGAUAGCUGGAAAUUUUGAAGCUGGAACUCCAUCAUUAAACCUCGCUGUAACGGCAGUCGCUGGUCAACAUUCGCACUUUUACCCUCUGACGUCAUAGAUUUUGUAAUGUUGCUCGAUCAGGUAUGACCUCGAAGGGGACCAGUGAGAACGCGCGUUGUCAUGAAGAACUUUCCAACUAUAUAACAAUACCCACUGUAUUCCUUAUACACCUAUUUCAAUUAAGGUUGGUUCAGAGAAGAAUGAUGCAUGAUCCAUGUUUCAUGGCCCGCGGUGCAUUAUUGUAGCAAGUCAAGUAAAUUAUGUGCCCGCAACGAACUUGACCCCAGAAAGCAAACGCUGCUGACGCUUCUAUGCUACGUCAGCAGAACGUUAAAACAAUGUAUUUCAAAACGCUGAAUCCUAUUCCAGGCUUUUUAAUUUGAGACAGUGAUUUGAGGUUAGGUUUUUCUCUAUGAUAAUAUGCAAAUGCUACAAAUUUUCAACGAGUUUGCCUGGCUCGCACACGUGAAAAUUUUGGAUAGAGUUAAAAAGAAAUCAAAUUCAAGGCGUUUGUUGAACAACAAUAAAUAACUUAACAUUACGUGUUUAAUUAUUUUUGAGGCAAUUUUUUUAAAACUGAAUAUAUAUAUAAAGAAUAGCGUUGAUUUGCUUUAUUGAAAUAACCAGCAUUCUGGCCCAUGCAAAAACACGGCAGCUAUUCAUUUAAUGUUGUUAAAAGAAGAGGCUUCCAAUUUUUUACUAUCAGAUUUUAAAAAUGAAAUUUUUCAGCUCGCUUAUGCUUAAGAAUUUUAGCAGCCAUUUGACUUGAAAGCUCUCUUGAACGCCUUUUCACAAAUGGUCUCCAUUAUUUCAUGAUCAAUGAACGUGAGCAAGACUAAACUUUCUGCUACAAAAUGGGUUUACCACAGUGCACUGCAGGCUAUGAAACAUGGUUCACGGGAGCAACCUCAAUUAAAAUAGGUGCGUUGACCUAGACCGAGUUUUGAACCUAACCCCUUUUACUUUCAUUUUCAGAGAGGACGAGACAGACCUUGUUUUUCCCAAAGAGGACUUCAAACCGCUGUCCACCUUGUGUCCACCAGCUGUACCAGAGUAG